AUGGCCGACGCGGAACGCCAGCAGCACGGCCCAGGCGACGGCGGGCGCCCCCACUUCCUCAUCGUGGCCUACGGCAUCCAGAGCCACCUCAACCCGUGCCGCGUCCUCGCGCGCCGCCUCCUGCAGCUACACGAUGCAGACGGCUCAGGCCCCGUCCUCGCCACGCUCUCGGUCCCGCUCUUCACCCACCGCCGCAUGUUCCCUUCGUCCGGCAACGGCGAGCCGGAGGGGCCGGAGGCCGCAGACGGUGCCAUCUCUUGCGUUGCCUUCUCCGACGGCGUCGACGACGGCACCACCGCCAGGGGCCCCGAGGAGAGGGCGCGCCGCCGCCGCGCGUCCGCCGAGAGCCUCUUUGCGGUCGUCGCGCGGCUCGCCUCCCGCGGCCGGCCCGUUACGUGCAUCGUGUGCAGCAUGAUGCUCCCCUGGGCACUGGACGUCGCGCGGGAGCGCGACAUCCCGUUGGCCGUGUUUUGGAUACAGCCGGCAACCGUCCUCGCCACCUACUACCACUACUUCCACGGCUACGGCGAGCUCAUCGCGUCCCACGCCGCCGACCCCGCGUACGAGGUGACUCUGCCCGGGCUCAGCCGGCCUCUCAGGAUCCGCGACUUCCCGUCAUUCCUCGUCGACACCACCGGAGGUGAGGUGGGCAAGGUCGUCAACGCGGUGUUCUGUGAGCUGUUCGAGUUCAUGGACGAGCAGAGGCAGAAUGUCAAGGUCCUCGUGAACACUUUCGACGAACUGGAGCCGGCGGCGCUGGCGGCCAUGAGGGAGCACUUGGAUGUGUUCGCCGUCGGCCCCGUGGUCGGGUCGUCGGCCGAGGCGCGGAUCCAUCUGUUCAACCACGCCGGUGCCGACAAGACGAGGUACAUGGAGUGGCUCGGGGCGCAGCCGGAGAGGUCGGUGGUGUACGUCUCGUUCGGCAGCAUAUGGACGUACAGCAAGCAGCAGAUGGAGGAGAUCGCGGACGGGCUGCGGCGGUGCGGACGGCCGUACCUGCUCGUGGUGCGCAAGGACGGGCGGCAGGAGGACGUGAGCCGCUGCCUCGAGGACGUCGUGCAGGAGAGGAAGGGCAUGGUGGUGGAGUGGUGCGACCAGCCGGAGGUCCUCUCGCACCCGUCCGUGGGGUGCUUCGUCACCCACUGCGGGUGGAACUCGACGCUGGAGGCCAUGGCACUGGGUGUGGCUGUCGUCGCCGCGCCGAGCAUGUUCGACCAGCCGACGAACGCGAUGUUGAUAGAGGAGGAGUGGGCUGCCGGCGUUAGGGGAGAGCGCAACGGCGAGGGCAUCUUCUCCGGGCCGGAGCUGGCGAGGUGCGUUGAGCUGGUCAUGGGCGACGGCGCGAGGGCCGUGGAGGUCAGGAAAAAAGUGGAGUCUCGGAAAGGGAUGGCGCGGGAUGCAAUGGCUCCCGGAGGGCCGGCGGAAAGAAACCUCCGAAGCUUCGUCAUGGAGGUCCAAAGUUCGGAUGAAGCUCGCAGGAAGGAUACAAACACCAUAAGUCCACCACCAUGA